GUGCAGCAUGAUACUUAUCCUCAGGGUGACACCUACAUGGACCUGCAGCUACAGCAAGUUUAGGGUCCUGAUGUGGUACAAAAAUGAAGCUGCGACGCCGGAUCCUUAUCAUGCAGUUUGUUGCAGGGCCCUGGAGCUCACACAAGGGUGCGCGCUGUGUCGCAUUACUUGUUCGUAAUCUUUUCUAACCGUCACUGCAUGUGACAAACUGCCCCCACAGGCUCUGAGGUCAGUUCAGACGCUUGUCCAGGCCUCCGAUGGCUCGUGCUCAAAUGAGGUGGAUCUCUUGUCAAUUCACAAUUGCGCUCUGCAUCGUGACCGUCACUUUGCCGCAAGUCGUUCCUGCCUCUGGUGCUGCUCGGGAUGUGACAGUAGACGCCGUUAGAUUUCUCGGCUUCCAAAGAAAGCAUUACCUUCGAAGUGAGAUGAUUCCAGCAAGAGAAGGUUGGCAUGUGACGGUUUGGCAAGACUCACCACUGCAGGAUCCGGAACUGUCGUUGGACGAGAGCAGCUCUGAGGCAAAUCUCGUGGAGGGGCGAGAGCUAUUUGAAUUUGCGGCUGAUUAUGAAAAACCUUGCGCUAAUAAGAAGCACGAUCCAUCAGUCUGCAAAAACGGUUAACAAAAGUACAAGACCAUUGCCAGUAAGCAAAGGUUAGAGAUUCCCCACCAGCAAUAGAAUCGAUAUCGUGAUUUCCUCGUUCCUUCGUCAAAAAGUGUUCGAUAGUUUGCAUGGUGACUGGAACUAUCGCAGUCCUUCAAAUUACAACUUCAUAGCACAGACAGAGAAUCUCUGAAUUUUGUAUAUUAAAGCACACGAGCCUUUAGAAGCGCGUUUAUAUAUAACACUUUCUCUCUGUUUCUCGAUGUAUGUAUGUAUAUAUAUAUAUAUAUAUAUAUAUAUCAAUAGAUAAGUCAGAACAUGUAUUUUAGGUGACGUUAAAACUAGUACUAGUUUAACGGAGCGGAAGGUCCUUCGCGAUGAAAGUUGUGCUUUCCACACCAAUGAUAAUUGCAGAAGCAACUUCAUUGUCUCGAGGAGACAUGGGACGCAAUUUUCUGAUGAAUGACUAAACAUUGACAUUCUUAUUUUUC